AGAGCGAGGCGUGACCCGGCUGACGGGCACCGUGCGGCGGGCGCGGAGCCGGACCCGGACCCGGCGGGAUCAGCGGCACCAGCGGCGGCGCGGGGCGUCGGUACCGCUCGGCUCUGGCUCUGGCGCGGCGUCUCCUCCACCCCCUCGUGAGCCUGGGGAACCUGCAGCUCAAAGCCGCCGCCAGCCACACCACCAUGUACCCCGGCAACAAGCGGAAAAAGCUGUGGCGGGAGGAGAAAGAGCGUUUGCUGAAGAUGACCUUGGAAGAAAGACGCAAAGAGUACUUGGGGGAUUAUGUUGCGUUAAAAACCAUUCCGACAUGGAUGGAAGACUUAAAAAGUAAGACUGAAAAUGAUGGUGAAAACACUAAAGAAGAUCUGCAAGGGAAGAAAAGUCUGAGUGAGAAAGUUUCUCUCUAUAGAGGUGACAUUACGCUGCUUGAGGUUGAUGCCAUCGUUAAUGCUGCUAAUUCCAGCCUUCUUGGAGGUGGAGGAGUGGAUGGCUGCAUUCACCGAGCUGCUGGGCCCUGCUUGGUUGCUGAGUGUCGCAACCUGAGUGGCUGUGAGACUGGACAGGCCAAAAUCACCUGUGGAUACGACCUACCUGCCAAAUAUGUGAUCCAUACUGUUGGGCCAAUUGCAAGAGGCCAUCUCACUGACACUCAUAAAGAAAACUUAGCAAGCUGCUAUAAGUCCUCUCUGAAACUGGCAAAAGAAUACAACAUCAGAUCAAUCGCCUUUCCCUGUAUUUCAACCGGAAUUUAUGGUUUUCCAAAUGAGCCUGCUGCUGUCAUUGCCCUUAGCACUAUUAAGGAAUGGUUAAGCAAGAAUCAAAAUGAGGUGGAUCGUAUCAUCUUCUGCGUCUUUUUGGAGGUUGACUACAAAAUUUUCAAGAAGAAAAUGGGCGAGUUUUUCCCUCUAGGUGAUGCUAAUGAAGAAGUGUCUCAGCUGAGUGAAGAGACAGAAGGCCAGCCUCCAUCUCCCACAAAGAGCAAAGAAGAGCAGCCUGAGGACCUGCGGGAUGAUGCUGAAGGUGGCAAUGGCACAGUGGAUAAGCAAAACAGCGAUGAAAAUAAGACCCAGAGCCAAGAAGCAGGUGAAACAAAACCUUCAGCUGUAGCCAGCCUAUCGUCAGAAGACAUUGAUCUGAGUGAGAAUAAAGAUUCCCUGAAAGACUCCAAAGGCACGCAGAAGGGUGAUUCAGUGCAUGCUGUGGUGUGUGAACAAGAUCAAGCCAAAGGACAACAGGCUAUUUCUGCAAACGAGGAGAUAAAAACUGGGGAAGAUUCCCAAGAUUCCUGCAUGGAAAUAGAAGAUCCACUGUUGAACCAAGAAGGCACAACAGAAGCUGAGAUUCCUUUGAUACUUGGUGCAGAGGAAAAGGAAGAAGGAAAAGAAGAAGGAGGGAUACAAGAGCAAGAGGAAACUUCCAUGGAGCCUGUGAAAACUGACCUUGCAAGUCAAGCAGCAGAUGUUUCAAAUAAGGAUGCUGAAAUGAAUAGUCAAGUUGAAAGUAUAAAUGAUCCAAUGGAAACAGAGCAGAAAGCUUAAGUAACAGGAAGGAUGCAGGAGAGGAGAGACCCAAGGAAACCCUACGGGCAGGCGCUGACAUCCUCCAGCAUCAUUCUUGGCCGAAAAGAGCACACAGAGAUGAUCAGCGGGU